AUGAUGUAUAGAUUUGGAAGAAAUUCUAAAAAAAAUAAACAACCAAAAGAUCAAACUUCUAUAUAUUCAGGUGGGAAUGGUUCUCAUUUAUCUUUAAGGAGAUCUCAUUCUCCUGUUAAAAGUAUAAGUUCAAACGCUACAAGAUCUCAACAACUAUAUCAACAACAACAACAACAACAACAACAACAAUCAAAUAACACCACCAAUAACAAUAAUACCACUGAUCAUAAACCUUUAUUCCUUUCUGAACCUUUUGUAAGAACUGCAUUAGUUAAAGGUUCUUUUAAAACUAUUGUUCAAUUACCAAAAUAUGUUGAUCAAAAUGAAUGGAUCUCUUUAAAUAUUUUUGAAAUUUAUAAUAAUUUAAAUCAAUUUUAUGGUAUAAUUGCUGAAUAUAUUAAACCUGAAUUAUAUCCAACAAUGAAUGCAGGUCCAAGAACUGAUUAUCUUUGGGUUGAUCAAAAUAAUAAAACUAUUCAACUACCCGCAAAUCAAUAUAUUGAAUAUGUCUUGAAUUGGAUAAGCUUAAAAUUAAAUGAUCAAACUUUAUUCCCAACUAAAACUGGUGUACCAUUCCCAGUUAAUUUUAUCAAGAUUAUUAAAAAUAUAUUAAGACAAAUGUUUAGAAUUUUUGCUCAUAUUUAUUAUAAUCAUUUUGAUAAAAUUUUAAAUUUAUCUCUUGAAGCUCAUUGGAAUUCAUUUUUUGCUCAUUUUAUUUCAUUUGCAAAAGAAUUUGAUCUAAUUGAAAAUAAUGAUUUAGAUCCUUUAAUACCUUUAAUUGAAUUAUUACAACAACAAGGUAAGAUAAUUUAA